GGGAAAGAGGCUCCUUAUUCGGGAGAACCACUCGUUUGGUUGUUCCGUGUGGCGCCAGCUCAUCACCGCCGCCGCCAUGCCUGGGGGUCUGCUUCUCGGGGACGUGGCUCCCAACUUUGAGGCCAAUACCACCGUCGGCCCCAUCCGUUUCCAUGACUUUCUGGGAGACUCAUGGGGCAUUCUCUUCUCCCACCCUCGGGACUUUACCCCAGUGUGCACCACAGAGCUUGGCAGAGCUGCAAAGUUGGCACCAGAAUUUGCCAAGAGGAAUGUUAAGUUGAUUGCCCUUUCAAUAGACAGUGUCGAGAACCAUCUUGCCUGGAGCAAGGAUAUCAAUGCUUACAAUGGUGAAGAGCCCACAGAAAAAUUACCUUUUCCUAUCAUUGAUGAUAAGAAUCGGGACCUUGCCAUCCUGUUGGGCAUGCUGGAUCCAGCAGAGAAGGAUGAAAAGGGCAUGCCUGUGACAGCUCGUGUGGUGUUUGUUUUGGGUCCUGAUAAGAAGCUGAAGCUGUCUAUUCUCUAUCCAGCUACCACUGGCAGGAACUUUGAUGAGAUUCUCAGGGUAGUCAUCUCUCUCCAGCUGACAGCAGAAAAGAGGGUUGCCACCCCAGUUGAUUGGAAGGAUGGGGAUAGUGUGAUGGUCCUUCCAACCAUCCCUGAAGAAGAAGCCAAAAAACUUUUCCCGAAAGGAGUCUUCAUCAAAGAGCUCCCAUCUGGCAAGAAAUACCUCCGCUGCACACCCCAGCCUUAAGACUCUUGGAGAAGUUGGUGCUGUGAGCCAGAGGAUGUCAGCUGCCAGUCAUGUUUUCCUGCAGCACUUCCAUAAAAACAUCCUGGUGUCAUCACAGCCAGGGUUUUUAGGUUGCUAUUCUAUUGGCUUAUUAAAUGAAAAUGGCACUAAAAGUUUCUUGGGAUUCUUUACUCUCUGCCUUCACCAGCACUCAAUUCUGUUCAUACCUCA